UAAUAAUAGUUAGGGAUUUAGUUUUAAACCAUUUUAUGGAUUUAAAUCAUGAUCACAAACUUUAAGAAAUUGGCCAAGGUGAGGCCAUUGGCUUUAAAGAUGUUUAGAUUGGCAAUCUCUAAAUUGUGGAUUUCAUAGCAUCGGAGUUCACUUGACAGAGAACAAGUUUCAAUAGGGUUACCCAUCUUGAUAGAAAUUCUAUUUUAUUAGAAAAAACAUUCUGCUAUACAGAAGGAUGUGUUACAUUGGUCUCUGCAUAGCAAGCUCAGGUCCUAAAUUAAACAUAACUUGUGCCAAUGGGAAUUGCAUCAGCUGAUUACACACACACACACACACACACACACACACACACAAUGCUGGUAAUUCUUACCUUCUGUGUUCUUGUUUUUCAUCAUAAUGUUUAUUGUAGUAACAACUGCAAAAUACUUCUAGAGAAUUCGUUCCUGGUUGGGUAACACACUUUGGCUCCAGGGCAAGUUCCAUAAGCUUCUCUUAGUUUCACAAACUUUCUGGGAAUGUCCUAGGCCUCCAUUCUCACCUUGGCCCAUGGCUGCAACCUUAGCACCCCUUAGCUUAGCUCAUCCCUCUGAGGCUGGUUAAGUCAGUUCACUUCAUUAGGCAUUGACUGCCUUAAUUCAGAGGCAAGAAUAGUGACUUGAAGGAUAAAAGUUUGAUGAACUUAAAAAUCCUUUCUAGUGUUAAUAGUCAAAGGCUCCGAUUUAAUUUCUGUCCUUCUUACUGUGUGCAGUACAAAGCUAGUGGAGUGACACCUCCCCAGAGCUCCUCAGCUAUGUAGCAGGCCCCAAGGAGACAGACCCUGACUCCAGACACUACUUGCAAUGCCUCAUUAGAAGCUUCCCUCCUCCAUCCGCUGGCCUCUAUCCUACCUUCUGCCCCAAGGAUUCAGGUUUCUAGGUACAAAGGUCUUUGAAACCAUAUGUCGUUCCAAUCAGAGGGGGCCUUAAUGUUACCAUCUGAUCUAAUUUUUCAUCAAACAGGUGGACAAACUGAGGCCAAGAGAAGAGAAAUGACUUGCCCAAGAUCACAAAGUCAGCCAGUAGCAGAGCUGGGAUAUAUAUUUAUAUCUCCAGACUUCCAGUUCAGUGUUCCUUCCACUGAACCAGGGUGCCUAUCACCAAAUGCUUAUGGCUUCAUAGGAAUGGCUUCAUGCGCUAUCUUUUCUUUGGUAAGAUUUCAAGCUGAAUUUCUCUUUCAGCUCUAAAAUAUUUACACUGGCCAUCAGGGGUCUGUGGACACUGUUGCUCCAUUAAGUUCAGCAGCAGAGGUGGUAUCUGCAGUAGUAACAGGGAGUCUGGUGGGUCAAACACGCUUUACUCCUCUUCCCAGGGGCUGUGGCCUCAGUGUGGCCUAGUGAGCCAUUUGCUGCAAGGACACGAAUCUCAACUCUCAGAGUCCGGAAUGACCAUACCCAGUGAUGAGAAAGACAUAUUUAUUUAGCAAAUGUCUUGUUCUAGAUUCCAUGCUGGGCAGUACAGUGAUUAAAGCUGUGGCUUUGAAGACAGUCAUCUUGGUUCAAAUCCCAGUUGCACUGAUUAUUAGCUGUUGGAUCUUGGACAAGUUACCUAACCUCUCUGAUUUGGCUUACAUAUUUGCAAAAUGGAGCUGCUGCUGCUAUUACCUACCUAUAGAGGUUGUUAUUAGGAUGAAAUAAAUUAAUAUGUAUAAAGCACUUAGGACAAUGCCUGAUACCUAGUAAGUACUAUACAGUGAUUACUGUUACUAUGCAAGUUAAAGAUAUGUUCACAAAGAACAUCGAUACAUGUUUUGCCAGAAUAAAAUGAUACACAUCAAAUAGCUACUUAGAAAGAUACAAGGCAAUUCAAAAAGAACACAGGCAAGUGAUUCCAGAGACCCUGCUUUUAAUCACUACAGAUACUCCUUCCUUAUCAUCCCAUUGCCAAGAUGAAUGAACUGAGGCUAAAAUAAAGUAGGUCAAGGCACCAAGCAUUCAUGCAGAGGCAGAGGAGCAACUGGAAGACGGUCUCCGGUACCAGACGGGAGAUUUAGGCCCUUGUUUUCAUCCCUACACUCAGGAUCUGCAGGCUGUCUACAAGUCACACUGCUUGAAGAGACUGCUCAGAUUCUUCUGCCACAUCAAGCUUCCGUAGAGAGUAGAGUGAAGAGAUGUGUUUUCCAGCUACAGGAAGCAUCAUCUCUGAUGCCUGGAAUGCAGGUCCAUGAGCUUCAUCAAUAGGUUUUAUACAAAUAGAUAGCAAGAGUAUAAUUGUGAGAGACUGAAAAAAAAAAUAAAUUUAAUGCCCCCAAAUAGAGGACUGGCUAAAUAAAUUAUGCCUAGCCCUACACCAGAAUACAGGCAGCCUACAGGUUGGAGUGAUAUUAAUGAGCUAGAAAAAUAUUCAUGAUAUAUUGUUAUUUAAAAAAUAGAUCACAGCGUGGUAUGUAGAAUAUGUGUAGGUUUAUACACAUAAAUGCAUAUACACACAUAUACACACGCAUACAGAAGAACAGCAGGCAGGGUACAUAUGGCGUAACAUUAACAGUGAUUAUCUUGAGCAUGGAUCUUAGGAAGAGUCUUAUUUUUGCCUUAUUUUAUCUAUAUUUUCCAAUUUUUCUAUAAUAAACCUGUAUGACUUUUAUAAAGGAAAAAUGAUUUAUUAAAAAAUAGCAGGAGAGGCACCUAUAGAAAAGGCUGUUUUUUCCCAUGGAUAUUGUGUUCCUCUUCUACAAUCAAGUUGAAAAUCAUCUUUUCUGCUCCUGCCAGGCUGAUGGAAUGGCUCCCACCUUUGAGCACAGGUGGCUGGUCUUACACUUGGCUGUCACAGCACAGAUCCCGUUGUGUUCUGGUUACUCGGUACAUACCCAGUUACAACCACCUGUCAUAGAACCUGGCAUAUGUUUGAAAUGAAUGAAUUAAUGAAUUGGUAUGGCCUCAAGAGCUUAGUGAGUCCCAGGCUCCUGAUCUGUACCGUGGCAAUAACAAUUGUGGGUAAAGAGACCUCCAGUCAUUUUUGUAAAUGGCAAGUGCUGGUCACGAGAUGUGUGGGGGUGCAGAGAGAGUUUAUUAUUAUUGCUGCAUCUAUUAACAGGUCUAUAUCUUCCCAUCCCUUAAUUCUCUUUGGCUCCCUAAGGCAUCAUGGUUACCAUAGCAGCUAGAUGCUGAUGAUGCCUUCAGGGGCAGGAAGGUGAAGCUGAACCAGCUCCCAGGUCCUUGCCUCCACAUGCCCUUUGCAGGCCAGAGUGACUUGGGCUGAAGCUCAGCCUCUUUCAGGCCCCCCAUCCUGCCUCGGGUACUGAGACCGACAAACCCUGCCUCUGCAGACUCAGUUCAGGGCCCUGAAACACCCCCUAGGAGACUCUCUUCUCCCCAAGCUCUGUCUCUUGGCACCCUGCCUGGUUGCCGUGGAAACAGGUUCCACUGCGGACAAAGGAGGGAGCUGGGUCCUGCUUGCUUCCAGUCCUGUCGAUGAGGAUUUUUAGACCGUGGAGACUGCGUUGCCCUGCCCUGCACCUGCCCUCGCUCUCUGUAUUCUCACUCAGGUGGAGCUUGCCCACCCUCGCCACUGACGAGACCAUGUGUAAAAGCGUGACCACCGAAGAAUGGAAGAAAGUCUUCUACGAGAAGAUGGAGGAGGCAAAGCCGGCUGACAGCUGGGACCUCAUCAUAGAUCCCAACCUCAAGCACAAUGUGCUGGCCCCUGGCUGGAAGCAGUACUUGGAAUUGCAUGCCUCGGGCAGGUUCCACUGCUCCUGGUGCUGGCAUACCUGGCAGUCGCCCCACGUGGUCAUCCUCUUCCACAUGCACCUGGACCGUGCCCAGCGGGCAGGCUCCGUGCGCAUGCGCGUCUUCAAGCAGCUGUGCUACGAGUGCGGCACCUCGCGGCUGGACGAGUCCAGCAUGCUGGAGGAGAACAUCGAGAGCCUGGUGGACAACCUCAUCACCAGCCUGCGUGAGCAGUGCUAUGGCGAGCGUGGUGGCCAGUACCGCAUCCACGUGGCCAGCCGCCAAGAUAACCGGCGGCACCGCGGCGAGUUCUGCGAGGCCUGCCAGGAGGGCAUCGUGCACUGGAAGCCUAGCGAGAAGCUGCUGGAGGAGGAGGCGACCACCUACACCUUCUCCCGGGCGCCCAGCCCCACCAAGCCGCAAGCCGAGGAGGGUUCAGGCUGCAACUUCUUCUCUAUCCCGUGGUGCUUGUUUUGGGCCACGGUCCUGCUGCUGAUCAUCUACCUGCAGUUCUCCUUCCGCAGUUCCUUCUAGGAUUCCCCUUGGUGGGCCCGGGGGCACUCUAAGGUCCCAAGGCCUGUAGGGGCCAGCCAGCUAGUGCGAGGGGGCGAAGAGAGACCUGGGUUGGGUGGGAGUGGGGUUGAAUUCUAGCCCUGGUGCCGCCACUGACUCGGUGGGGACCCUCGACAAAUCACCUAGUUUUUCCAUCAAUAAAAUUAAGGAUUUGGGCUAGAC